UCCUCCUUGUGUUUUUGUUGGAGAAUGCUCGCUGUUUGCCAACACUAAAGGAGGCACAAUGGGGCUCACCUCCUAAUUCUACCGAAGAGCCCUGCCCCUCCUACAUCCAAGCCCCACAUCUGUCGUGGCGACCGUGGAGUGUUGCCUCUGGGGGCGGAGCCCACCUCGGUCUCUCUUUACUGGGUCUGGAUGGAAUUGCGGUGAAUGGAACAGAAGCCCAGCACGGUGGAGUGCCUGUCGGAGCCAGAGGACACCCGGUGGCCGGAUGGGAAACGUAAAAGAAAAAGCAGCCAAUGUUCGGUGAAAAGCAGUAUGUCAGGGUACAUCCCUAGCUACUUGGACAAAGAUGAGCAGUGUGUUGUAUGUGGAGACAAAGCCACGGGGUACCACUACCGAUGUAUUACCUGUGAAGGCUGCAAGGGCUUUUUCCGACGAACCAUCCAGAAGAACCUGCACCCAACUUACUCUUGCAAAUACGAUGGCUCCUGCGUCAUUGACAAGAUCACCCGCAACCAGUGCCAGCUCUGCCGAUUCAAGAAGUGCAUUGCCGUUGGCAUGGCCAUGGACUUGGUGCUGGAUGACUCCAAGAGGGUAGCCAAGCGGAAGCUGAUUGAGGAGAAUCGGGAGAGACGACGCAAAGAAGAAAUGUUAAAAUCCCUUCAGCAUCGGCCAGAGCCAAGUGCAGAGGAAUGGGAGCUGAUCCACAUUGCCACGGAGGCACACCGCAGUACCAAUGCCCAAGGCAGCCACUGGAAACAGAAGCGGAAAUUCCUGCCCGAAGACAUUGGUCAGUCACCAAUGGCCUCCAUGCCUGAUGGGGACAAAGUAGAUUUGGAGGCAUUCAGUGAGUUUACGAAGAUCAUCACCCCAGCCAUCACCCGUGUAGUGGAUUUUGCCAAAAAACUGCCCAUGUUUUCAGAGCUGCCUUGUGAGGACCAGAUCAUCCUUUUGAAGGGCUGCUGCAUGGAGAUCAUGUCACUUCGGGCAGCUGUGCGCUAUGACCCUGAAAGUGAGACUCUGACACUAAGUGGUGAGAUGGCUGUCAAGCGGGAGCAGCUAAAGAAUGGCGGCUUAGGUGUGGUGUCAGAUGCCAUCUUUGAUCUGGGCAAGUCCCUCUCUGCCUUCAACCUGGACGACACGGAAGUGGCAUUGCUCCAGGCUGUACUGCUGAUGUCCUCAGACCGCAGUGGGCUGAUCUGCGUUGACAAGAUUGAGAAAUGCCAAGAGACCUACCUGCUGGCAUUUGAACACUACAUCAACUAUCGCAAACACAACAUUCCCCACUUCUGGCCCAAGCUCCUCAUGAAGGUGACCGACCUGCGCAUGAUUGGGGCUUGUCAUGCCAGCCGCUUCCUGCACAUGAAGGUGGAAUGCCCCACGGAGCUCUUUCCCCCACUCUUCCUCGAGGUCUUCGAGGAUCAGGAAGUCUAGGGUGUGGGGAAGGAAGGGGCAAACAGGGUGGCAUGGGAGAAUUGGGGACAUGGGGCAGUUUGGGACUGGGGCGAUGUCUGGACUUGGGCCACAGCGCCCCCACCUCAUCACCUCGGACAUAACAGAUUUUCAAUUUUUUUUUUGUUCUGUUUUGUUGUUUUUGUUUUUCUUUUCUUUUCUUUUUCAUUUUGUUUCCCUAAAUAUUGCACGUCAGCAUCAGUGAAUCACAUGGAUGGGGAGGCCAGGGGCAUUGUCGAUAGGGGUUGGGCCACCACAAAAAUGGUUGAACUAUACAAAACCUCCGUUGUAAGGUAGGCUUGUGCGGUAGCCAACACUUUCUUUUGUCUAGGCAGACUUUGAAAAAAUAAGUGGGACGUGUGUUUCCCACUACUCUCUCUCCCCCCCCGCCACACCCAUGUGUCUUGCUUCCUUUGAUCCCAUGCUGUCUCUAAGCUAUCUCUGCAGGGUGAGAUAUCCAUCUUUAAUUUUUACACAAUAUUAAGAGGAGGAAUCCAAACCACAUUUUACCCAUUUCCCUCCAAAAUGGAAGAAAAAAACCCUUUGUUCUAUUUUUCCCAUUAAGAAAGAAUUUUCCUGGCCCCACAGCACUGGAAGCAGUUGGCACCUCUCUCCCUUAGCCCUGAUCAAACCUCUCUCGUUUAAAUGGACUUGAUUACCAAUAUAUAUAAAUAUAUAUAUGUUUCUUUUGCACAUAACAGUCCCAGGAAACGUCAGAGUGUGUUUGGUUGUUUUAUUCUUGUCUUCAUUUUCUUCUAGAACUUAUAGCAUUUAGUUACCCUCCCUGGGAGGCUAAAAUAUAAAAUGCACUUUUUUUGUAAAAGAAAUAAAGUUUUUUUAAAAAAUGAA